AUGCAGAAUCCUACCCCAAAUCCUAAUUCCCCUUCACACCCAUCUCCCACAACCCCUAGACCACAAAAAUCAAAACGCCACCUUCUUCCCUAUGGACUCCACCCCAAUCCACAUCAUCAUUAUCAUCAGCCAACUCCACCAUCUUCCAACUUAACUACACCCACAACAAUCUCCCCAACCCUCCUCGCCUUCCUCCCACCCCUCCCCAGAGCCCAAUCUCUUCUCCUCCAAAUGGCUUCUCUUGCCACUAAACUCUUCCAGGUCUCCCCUAACCACUCCUUCUGGCUCUCUUCUUACCGUGGCUCCCUUCCUAUUUUCCUCCCUUCCCAAACCCUGAUCUCCUCCUCCUCCUCCUCCUCUCCUUCCCCUUCUUCCACCAAAGAAAUCCUCUCCCUCUUCACCUCCCUCCAAACCCAACUCUUAGAAGCUGUGACCCAACUAGAGGAAAUCCUUGACCUUCAAAAAGAUGAGAGAAGAAUUGCUUCUGAAGUUUGUUCCAAGGACUCUACCAUGCGUGCCUUCACUUACAAGCUCCAGGGAGCAAAGCACACCCUCGACUUCCUCAUUGAUGAUUACUCUGAUUAUCGAAAAGUUAAAUCUGGUUCUUCCUUGCGCUUAUCAGAUAUCCUGUCAUACGCACAUAGGAUAAGCUACACAACCUUCGCCCACCAAGAAUCUGGAUCUGCCCUCCCACCAGCACCACAAGAAGAGCAGAUGAGAGCUUCACAGCUUUAUAAUGUUAAGGAUCUUCAAGUGGGUUUAUCCAAAACAGUUGAAGGUGAGUUGAAAGAGGUGCCUUUACAGAAACCCAUGGAGUAUAAUCCACUUUUGGAUCUGCCAAACAUUGAAGAUAUCAUUCCACCAAUAGGUUGGAAGCCUAGGAUUCCAAUGGAAUUGCUGAGUGAUUUCCCCCUUGCUGCUCCUCCUGAUUGGAAGCCUGGGGACCCUGUGCGAUUACCCCCUUUAGAAUCCCUUCUUAAUUUUACUAAUGAUCAUGAAGAGCAACACCAACAAGAAGAAGAAAAACUACCUUUGGCGCAAAAAGUGCUACCUGAGGAACAAGAAACUGUGUUUGUUCCACCUGUUCAGCUCGAUAUCAUCCCGGCUGAAGAUGACUAUAGUAGCGACAUGGAGAGUUCUGGGGAGGAAGAUGAAGAUUAAAAUCCGUGUACUGGGUAGUGGGUAUAUAAGUAGUGGGACAAGGAGAAUUCUGGGGUGGAAGUUGAAUAACUCAUGAGUUUUUUUUUUUUUUUUUGGAUUGAAAUGCAAGCUCCUCCCUUAUAGUUUACUUUAUGUCAAUGAGUUGGAAAUACCAAAUAAAUUGAGUAUAGAAGUUAUCACAAUGGCUCAA